UUUAUUUCUCAUAUAAAAGCAAUCCUUUUUGCCGACUUCUUCUUCCCCGCAAAAUUUCUGCUUCACAUUGUGAUUUCCGAAGCGUUUCAAUACCUCACAAUCAUGGGGCACUCCAACGUGUGGAACUCUCAUCCGAAGAGCUAUGGCCCUGGUUCUCGCACCUGUCGUGUGUGCGGAAAUCCCCAUGGGUUGAUCAGAAAGUAUGGACUUAUGUGCUGCAGACAAUGCUUCCGUAGCAAUGCCAAGGAAAUUGGGUUCAUUAAGUACCGCUAAGAAGCUAACAUCUCUGGAAGAGAGGGUGGGUUGAAUUUAUUGAAGAAGAUUUUUCAAUGUUUAGCAAUGUUUUCUCUCUUGUUUACUUGGUAUCGAAUAUGAAAUGAUUGUUAGACGACGAUUUUGACACUUGGUUCUGGACUAAAUUUAACGCUUCUUAAUUGAGCUUCCUCUUGAUGUUAUUUUGACAAUUA